AUGCCCCCAGCCGUGGGAGGACCAGUGGGGUACACCCCGCCCGAGGGAGGAUGGGGCUGGAUGGUGGUGUUGGGGGCCUUCAUCUCCAUCGGCUUCUCCUACUCCUUCCCCAAGUCCAUCACCGUCUUCUUCAAGGAGAUCGAGGUCAUCUUCAACGCCUCCAGCUCCCAAGUGUCCUGGAUCUCCUCCAUCAUGUUAGCCAUGAUGUACGCAGGAGGUCCCGUCAGCAGUAUCCUGGUGAACAAAUACGGCAGUCGGCCCAUCAUGAUGUUUGGUGGGUGCCUGUCUGGUAUCGGCCUGGUCGCUGCCUCCUUCUGUGACAGGGUGGAGGGCUUGUACUUCUGUGUGGGAGUGAUAGGAGGUCUGGGCCUGGCCUUUAACCUGAACCCGGCGCUCACCAUGAUCGGCAAGUACUUCUACCAUAAGAGGCCCAUCGCCAACGGCAUCGCCAUGGCCGGUAGCCCGGUCUUCCUGUCCACGCUGGCGCCGCUCAACAGCUGGUUCUUCGAACAGUUCGGCUGGCGGGGCAGCUUCCUGAUCCUGGGCGGCCUGCUGCUCAACUGCUGCGUGGCCGGCUCAUUGAUGCGCCCCAUCGGCCCCAAGCCGCAGCCCCCCGCCAAGGCCAGCAACGGCAGCGGCGCCCAGGAGAGACGCACGCUGCUGGACAAGAUCAACGGCUUCAUCGACCUGACGCUUUUCAAGCACCGCGGUUUCCUGCUCUACCUCACCGGCAACGUGGUCAUGUUCUUCGGCCUCUUCUCGCCGCUGGUCUUCCUCAGCAACUACGCCAAGAGCAUGCACAUCCCCAAGGAGAAGGCGGCCUUCCUGCUCUCCAUCCUGGCCUUCGUGGACAUGGUGGCGCGCCCGGCCAUGGGCAUCGUGGCCAACACCAAGUGGGUCCGGCCCCGCCUGCAGUACUUCUUCGCCGCCUCCAUCCUCCUCAACGGCAUCUGCCACGUGUGCGCGCCGCAGUCCACCGACUACCUGGGUUUCAUCAUCUACGCCAUGUUCUUCGGCUUCGCCUUCGGCUGGCUCAGCUCCGUGCUCUUCGAGACCCUCAUGGACCUGGUGGGGGCCCAGCGCUUCUCCAGCGCCGUGGGGCUGGUGACCAUCAUCGAGUGUGGACCCGUGCUGCUUGGACCUCCCCUGCUUGGGAGUCUGAAUGACAUCUACCACGACUAUGCGUACACCUACUACGGCUGCGGGAUCAUUCUGAUGAUAGGCAGCGUGGUCUUCUUCAUCGCCAUGAGCAUCAACUACAGGCUGCUGGACAAGGAGGCCAAAGAGGAGGCCAAGAGAGCCAAGGUGGAGGGCGAGCCCAAGGACAAUAGUGCCAAAGCCAAAACGGAGGAGGACGGCGGUGGCAAAACCGCUGAAGACGCAGUGUAG